CUUUUGUUUUCAAUGAAUUUAUUAUAUUUAUUAUCUGGUAAUGUCAAAGGUCAAAAACAAAUCAAUUGACACAUUUUUGAGACAAUUUUGUAUCAAAAUAUUAAUUAUACAAGAUGCCGACAAAAUUAUAUUCCAAAGCGGGUGCCGCAAGAGGAAUAAAAGUGCCUGCAACCGAUGAAGACAAAGCAUUGUUGAUAAGAGCAAAUACUUAUCCACCUGGCGUGAAAGGCUUACUGCGCAUCCCCACUGACCCACUCUAUACCGUUGCCAUCUUGUUCAUCAACCUGUUUACCUAUACUUGCAUUAUUUAUGACUUCAGUGUUGAAUUGAGACGCCGCGCGUACGUUGGUGAAUUUGUGCUCAUCGAUUCCGGAUCUUUACGCCGUUUUAUAUUUUGCAUGGAUUUCAUUAUUUUUAUCGAUGUUCUCUUGGGUAUUUGUCAUCGUCAAGCUAAAAUGACACCGGCGCGGAGUAUCUUAAACAUUACAAUUGAUUUCAUUGCUUUGAUACCAUACGAAUUGAUUUAUGUGGUCAUGCGAGGAGUUGACAUGCGCGUUUACUUCGGUUUGCGUCUCAGAUACGUUCUGAAAUUAUUUCGGUACAUUAGCGAAGUUCGUCAUGCGAACCGAUUUAAACUAUCAAUGGAAUACGUAAUGGCUGUUUAUAUUAUUGUUAUGUCUGCGGUUUGUUUAAUGGCUGUCUGCAUUCGGCUGCAGAUUCAUUGUUUGCCGGACUAUACAAACAAAAAUUCAAUCAUUCAAUGCGAUAAUCUUACAUUGGUUGAUAUUGCAUUCACAUAUGCAAUCAUUAAUGGUCAAAUUAGUUAUUCGGGAAUGCUUUUUGUCAAUGAUUCAUUCACGAAUAUCAACCACCUGGAUAAUAUCAUACAAAUAUUCUUCAUGAUUACGUAUUUCAUCUUGAUAUCAAAAGUAAUCUGUAUAUUUUGGGAGAAAAAUCAAUACAAGUAUCAGUUUUGCUCGGUUGGUAAUUCGGUGUUGAAAGUAAUGGCUACCAGCAAGACACGCAGCUGGUUUGGGUACUUUCGACAAACAGAUAACAGAAAAAUGACGUUUUUGAGACAAUACCUGGCGUCAUGUUGGAAACACUAUCAAGUUGAGCACAUUAAAGCAAGUUACGUUGGUGAUUACAAAGCAGCGACUAUCCCGGCCGUGAUUUAUGCUGAAAUGACACUAGAUCUGAAUUGGAACAUGUUUAAACACUCGAAAUUAUUUCGAAAUGAAGAUGUGGCGUUUCUAAGACAGUUGUCAAAGUUAACUGUGUUCAGUUUUGGAACGAAAAACGACAUUAUUUAUCAGCAAGGAAAUCGUAGAAGUAUUAUGAUUUAUAUUAUCAAAGGAAUUGUUAGUAUGAUGAGUGAGAGUACCGGAAAGACGCCAUUAAUGUCGUUUUCGGGCGGGACCGUUUUUGGCGAACUGUCAUUAUUUUUAAAUGUGCCAUCAGCCACCACAAUCGCUUGCAGUACUUAUUGCGAAUAUCUUGUACUUUCAAGACUGGAAUUCAUGAAGAUCCGGCAAAUUUACCCGGAAACUUAUCAGAAGUUACAAACUAAAUGUCUUAAACGGAUAGAAUAUGCAAAAAAUUAUGAUUUUCUUGCAAAGGAAAUGUAUAAAAAUGGCGAAAUAGCUUUACCCAAAUCAAAAGUUUCUCUAAGAUAUAUAAAAUCAAUUCUAAGAAAGUAUAUGGUAUCACCCCAGCCGCCUUUAGAACAAUCAAUAUUUAUACCCCCCGAUAUGAAACCGGAAGCUUCUUUUAAUGGUACCAUUUUUAACACACGUUUUAUUUCACUCUACGUGGAAGCAAACAAAAUCGAAUCGGAUUUCAACACGCACUUCGCGGUUGCCGGUAUCAAUUUUAAACUUAAACCUUCAUCUACACUCUACUCAAUAUGGCGCUUUUGGAUUUGUGUCCUCACUUUAGUCGAUUGCAUAUUUUAUCCGAUAGGCGCCGCUCAGGAUACUGGUCUCUACACAAACAUCUACGAUUAUUUCGUAAUAGGCAUUCGAAUUUUUUACAUUCUCGACUUUGUCACCUAUAAUUUCAUUUCGAUUAAACAAGAUGGCCGUGUGAUAGUUGACUCUGAAUUGAUUCUAAUGCACCAUAUUCAAACGUUGUACUUUUGGCUAGAUUUUGUGAGCUGUAUUCCCAUUGAGGUUCUUGUGAACCUAAUGCAAACCGAAUUACAUCCGUAUAUUUAUCGUAUGUAUGGGAUUAAUAGACUCAUCAAGCUUUAUAAGGUUUUUAUGACGAUUGAUCAUAACAUAAUGAUCAGUUCGGUGCUGUUGUUUGUGAUGCCUAUCGUCAAGUCCAUCUACAGCGCCAUCUUGCUGUUAUUCUUCGGUUAUUUGACAUUCCAUAGAUUUGGUUAUUACGAUCGUUGUAUUCUGGAGGUACCCGAAGAAGAGGUGACUUUCUGGAUGAAAAUAAAUAUUGUCUAUCAGUUUUACUUCUCCAUGGGCGAAGUUGGAAUGGAAGUCGAUCGAAACGCGAAUUUGAUCCCGUUGAUUAUCCUGCAAAUUGCCGCAAUGUAUGUGCUGACGUAUAUUUUUUGUUUAAACGCGGCUGCAUAUAGUCUUCAUAAAUUGCCAACCAUUACCUAUGAGAAUAUGGUCGAUGAUAUAAAACGAAUUUUUGAACUUUUGAAAUUCCCUUAUGGUCCACGAACAAAAAUGAAUAAUUAUUUGAAGAUGUUACACGGAAUAGAAAAUCCCACUCAAGAUAUCACGUACCGUCCAAUGAUGGGCAAAGCUUUAUACCGAGAUCAUACCAUCAAUAUGCACUAUAAAUUUAUAGACAGCUUAGCACUGUUCGAAACCCUGUCAAAAGCAGCGAAACAUAGAAUUUGUGAAGUCGCUGAUGUACAAUUUAUUCCACGUGGAGAACUUGUCGUAAUCGCCGGAUCUGUAGUGAAGAAUAUUUAUUUUAUUAUGGAUGGACGGUGUGAGUACACCUUGAAAGAUGGUACCCCUGAAUUGAGGCCACUGGAAGCAAAAACUGCAAUACUUUUGCUUGAGGCUUUGGUCGGUCACACUGCGAUUUCGAAUGUUAUCGCCAAAACAGACUGUCGAUUUUUGAGCAUUUCCGUCAGCGACUUCCGCCGAAAAUUAAUCAAAUAUCCCGCAGAAAUGGCCGAACUCAAAAGUGCUGUUAUUAAUGUCAUCGCAACGCAGCACAUGAGACAUUUGCAGACAAUUGAACCGCGAGCAAACGCUUGUUUAGAAGAAAAUACAUCAUGCCGGUAUUAUAAUCUUAAUCCAGUUCAGUUCAAGAUUGCAUUUGGCUUCUUUAGUUUCAUAUCUAUGUUUUUCAUGAAGAGGACUAUUACACCGUUCGGGAGAUUUUGGUUUUCGUGGGAAAUUGCUCACAUUUCGAUUGUUUUUAUUUAUUCGUUCAUUGGUACCAUUCCGAUUACGGUGAGUUGUGAUUUCCGCCAUGUUUGGUUUUAUUUGUUCCGGCUGCUCGACGUUUUCUUCAUUAUUGAUAUCUAUUUACGUCAUCAUGUCGGGUAUUUCAAUAAGUAUCAAAUCGAAGUGCUGCAUCCAUGGAAAUGUGCGAAACAUUACUGGAAAACUGGCUUUUUAUUAGAGUUUAUUGCAACCCUUCCGUUGGAAUUAAUUGUAUUACCUUUGGUGGAUAGCAUAGACAUAACCUAUCUUACACUUCUACGUGUCAACCGCCAUUUGCGAAUCUUUAGAUUUCGUGGAUUGGUCAAAUUUCUCAAUUUUCGCUAUUUGAAGACUUAUAAAGCUGUUGUCCUCCUCACUUUUAUGAGUAUUUCAUUAAUCAUGUGCAACUUUUUGUUAGUUUUUCUGUAUCAAUCCGAACCUGUGGUCAUUCGAAAUUGCCGGCCUAUUUUCGAAGAAAACAACGUGUUUGUUUUAUGGGAAAGUUAUACAUAUAAACUGAAAAGUGCCAUUAAACAAAUAUUCAACGUUGGAAUCCACGAAGACUCCGCAAAUAUAUCACAACUUUGGUUAAAUGUAUUAAUGAAUGCCCUGGGACAAAUUGUCAUCACCUCAGUAUCGUGUGUUAUCAUCGGGAUGAGUUUAUAUAGACGGACGUAUCUCAUGACGUUUCAAAUCAAAAUGCAGCGACUGCUUAUGUUCAUGAACAUUCGCAAGAUUGACAAGAACCUUCGCAACGAGAUUAUUAAACACUUCGAAUUUCAAUGGGUAUUGCGAGAAGGUAAAUCCCUAGUAGAAACUUUAAAGACAUUUAAUCGAAGCCUCACGGACGAAAUCAAAUACUGCUACUACGCGCCAUCUUUUCACGAUACUUUAUUAUUUAUGAACUACCCAAAAGUGCUUCUAAAAGAACUUUUCUCCGAACCAUCCAUUCAGCAUGAAUUCAUACUCAUCACUGGCGUCGUAAUUCGGGUAAAUGAUGUACAGAAUAAGAUUUACAUUGUUUACAAAGGACAAGUGCAAGUGUUGGGACCAGAUUUUGGUUAUUUACGAGAUUUAAGAGGUGGAAGUAUGUUUGGUUGUCUGGAUAAUGUCCCGCUACAUCGAAGUACGCUCACUUAUGUAGCAAAGACACAUUGUGAGUUUCUAUCAAUUCCAAGCGAUAAAUAUCAUGAGAUAAUGAGUAAAUAUCCACGAUUCUACAAGUUUUACUUGAGAAUGCUCAGGUCUUCUAAUUAUGACUACAUUCCUUGUGGAAAAAUAAGCAAGAAGAGACUUGAUGAGACGCCUUCCAGUAGUGCGAUCGUUGAGAGAAAAAAGAAAAAAGCAAUUCGGUUUGUUUUAAGAUUACUGGACAAGUUGACAAGUAUUGUUCCCGUGGUAAAAGAACGCGAAUACGUGAAAAUUCUUUUCACUGUUUAUGCCCUGGUAGCCUUCCAGUUUCAAUGCCUGCUGCUCACUUUUCUUUCUGGCUACUUCCGGAAUGUGGUCUAUGUUGCAUACGCGCUAGAUGUUUUGUUUUGGAUAAACAUGUAUUUUGACUUCUCGACAGUCUACGAAAACCAAUACGGGCUGAAAAUACGAAGUCGUCGUUUGAUUGCCAUCAAAUACACUUCGGAGUUUUUCGGCGCGCCGUGUCAUUUUCUAGCAAAUUUCCCGAUUGAAGUUAUUGUGUUGGGAUUCCCAACCGGAUAUAGAAGACAAACAUGGGCGUAUCUAAGAUCCAAUCGAUUGUUAAAUAUCGUAUUCGUUUUCAGAUACAUUCGCUCUGUGCGCAAUCGACUUAACAUUAAUGUUCGGUUGAUAUUGAUAUUGAAUAUUCUUUUGAUUCUGUAUACUACUCAACAGUUGAGUAUAAUUUUUCUCUCGUAUUACAUUGGCGAUGAGUUUUUCUACCUGGACGCACUGAUUUAUCACAGUUAUUUGAUUUCGAAGAAAGUUUACACUCCGUUUGUGAUAAGUACUUCUGAUUUAGCAAAAUCAGUGGCGUAUAAAUUAGAUUUUGUUUUGGUUUUACUCGCUACCCAAUUGGUAUGUGUUUUGGUGGUUGGUGACUGUGUUGCCACCUAUCACAUGCUUAACUUUAGUCGUUUUCGGUACGAGACUUUCUAUAAUAGUCAGGAUAAAUCCAUGCGGUUGAUGAAUCUCUCGGAGCCACUUAUAGCACGCGUGCAACUUUACUGCAAGAAUCUUAUUCAUCACGGCCUGAACGUGCAAUUUCCAUCGUUUAUAAUCAAUGCACCGUAUUAUUUACGUGAGGGAGUGCUUGACGCCAUGUUUGGUUUUCAUUUACGAGCGCAUCCAGUGUUCAAAUUAGCGCAUUCAGACUUCAAUCGACAAGUAGCAGCAAGAUUCAAGACGCAGUAUUUUUUCGAAGGCGAUUUUAUCGCGUUCCAGAAUGAUAUUGACACAAAAAUGUAUUUUGUUCAUUCGGGGGAAAUUGAGGGAUUGGUUGAGGAUAAUAUAUAUUACGAUGUCGCUGAUAGUAGAUAUUCUCCUGGUGAUUACUUUGGAUUUCAUCAGUUGAUUUUUACGAAUGUUGGACAUACAAGAACAUACAAAGUGGUUUCGAAAAUGGCGAUGGUUCUUUCUGUGAAACGCGCAGCCGUAUCAAGACUUUUGGAUUUUUUCCCUGCUACUAAGUUUUUAUUUAACAACAAAGACACGCCAAAUGAUGAUUUGAAGCUCGCCAAGGUGGAGCUUCGAGAUUAUUUGGAAUAUACUAAAGGCAUUCACGAUUAA